GGAUUACAGGGUGGGAGUGCCUGUUCAACAAGUUUCCAACGUAGUUAUGGGCGUACAGUGGUUUUAUCCGCAAGUAGUUGAUUAUGAUAGCCUACAAAGAAAACCUAAACCUAGUAAUUCGAGUCUGUAUUACGAAGGAAGUCAAUGGGGAGUUUCCACAGAAACUGAGUUCGGUAUAGAAAGCGAUAUCGCUUUGUUGCUAGAGCUAUACAUAAAUAGCAGGUGUUGCCGACUGAUAGCAAUGGUAUUUCAUUCCUCUUUACAAUGUCUGGAUCCAUCUCACAGAUAAUGAUUGAUUACCUUAAUGACUUCGUCUCCUCUUCUAUUCAAUUCAUUGUCCUGACUUCUUUUACCUUACUCUUUAUUCGCAUUCUGCACCGGACAGUCUUCUAUCCUGCAUACUUGACACCCUUAUGGGCGCUCCCUACCCCACCAAAUCGUUCUUGGACCAGGGGAAGCUAUACCCUGGCUCCUGUGUCAUCGCAUAUUGCACAUCUAAGACAUUGGAGCGCAACGGUGCUGAACAGUGGUCUCAUUCGAUAUUACCUGCCCGGAAAUGAGGAGAGAGUAUUGGUGACCAGUGUGGAAGCCCUCAAUGAUAUCCUUGUUUUGAAAGCUACCCACUUUGUGAAACCAGACGUUGUCAGGCAACGUCUGUCUUACAUCGCUGGCAAUGGGCUGUUGCUAGCUGAAGGAGAGACUCAUAAAGUGCGUGAUCCCAUUCAAAUGAAUUUUGUGUAUUUAUGUUUGAAUCAAUCCCUGAGACCCAAGAGCAUAGAUACAACGGAAAAGCCUGAUGCCUGCCUUUUCUUUUCGUCAUAUCAAAAAUCUAUACCCCAUUUUCUGGGCCAAAGCAGUCGAUUUGGCAGACUGUCUUGAGAAGGAGUUGAAUGACGUGAGCAUCAGCGAAUCUAGCAAAUCGGACGUGAUCGAAGUCAAGAAGUGGGCUACUCGCGCGACACUAGAUAUCAUCGGCCUUGCCGGGCUGGGCCAUGAUUUUGACUCGCUGCGAAGCCCCAACAAUGCCCUUAGUC